GAAAAAAUUAUUUGAAUCUGAAAUAUUCAAAUCGUAAAUUUAAAUUGCUUUCUAAUUAUAUUAAUUUAGAUAUUUCAUAUUUUUUUUAUAUAAAAAGAAAGUUAUUUUUUCAACAAAAAUUUUUUGUUAAUCAUGUAUGAUAUAUGUCAUCCUAGUUAUUAUCACAUUGGAAAAUUAGGUUGUACUGAUCCUGUAAAAAUAAGCACAACAUUUUAUGUUUACAUCGAGCUAUGUGAAGCAAAAAGAUAUUGGGAAGUGAAUUACAAAUAUAAUGAAAAUUUAGAUUUAUUAUAUUUAGAAGUAAAAAAAAAUAAAACUUCUCAAACAGAAAUAUAUAUACCUUGGCCUACAUCGUGUAAUAUCUCUCUUAAAACAAUAGAGAAGAUACAAGAAGGUUUAAAUGUUGAACAGAUAACUCUUGUUUUUAAACUUGAAGACAGUACAAGCAUUAUUUAUAAAGCUACUAAAGGUCUUGUGAAACCCAUUGAUCCAGAAACAAGUAAAUUGAUGAAAGAAAAAGAAGAAAAAAAGUUAAAUUUAGAAAAAGAAAUAAGAAAAAAUACUUCAUAUUUAUAUGAAUUAGCCAAAUCCUUAGAUAAAAAGGAUACUAACAAAGAUAGUGAUGUAAGCCAUAAUAAUAAAGUAAUGGAUUCUGAUGUAAGUCAUAAUGAUAAAAUAACAGAUAAAUAAAAUUAAUUUUAUUUUA